AUGCGCGCGGCGCCGACGCUCGUGCCGGCCCUCGCGCGGCGCUGCGUGACGUCCAUCGCCGCGGGCAAGGCCCACGUGCUCGCGCUCUGCGCGACGCAGGGCCACGCGCGGUCCGCGCUCUACGCGUGGGGCGCGGGCCGCGACGGCCGCCUGGGCCACGACGACUACGCGCACCGCUUCGAGCCGACGGCCGUCGCGUUCUUCCAGGUCGCGCGGCUCCGCGUGCGCCUCGUCGCCGCGGGCGACGCGCACUCGCUCGCCGUCGCCGACGCGACGGAGGACGCGCGCGAGCGGCCGGGCGUCUACACGUGGGGCCGCGGCGCGCACGGGCGCCUCGGCCUGCGGCGCACGCUCAACAAGCGCAGGCCCCACCUCGUCACGGAGUGGCCGCCGUCGUUCCGGGGCUGCCGCGUCGUCGGCGCGGCGCUCGGCGGCGCGCACUCGCUCGUCCUCGCGGAGGAGGCCGUCCCGCCGGGUCUCGUGAACCCCUGGGGCGUGCGCCGCGCGAUUUACUCCUGGGGCUACGGCGCCAACGGCCAGCUCGGCACGGACGCCGUCGUGGACUCGCCCGUGCCCCGCAAGGUCAAGAUGCCCAAGUUCGAGGUCGUCGCGCAGAUCGCGUGCGGCAAGGCGCACAGCCUCGCGCUCACGGUCCACGGCGAUUUGUACGCCUGGGGCAAGGGCUGGCAGGGCGAGCUCGGCCACGGCGACGCGCGGCUAAGGGUGGCGCCGAAGAAGGUCGACUCGCCCCACCAGUUCGUCAAGGUC